AGGUCAAGAUGUUCCUGUGCUUUUGGCUGGCUCUAGUAGCUCAGACAGCAGAGACUUUUGCAACGAAUCCAGGUGUAAAAGUCAGGCUGACAGAUAAAGGCCUUGAAUAUGGAAGACAACUGGGCAUCGUGUCCAUGCAGCAGAAGCUCAAAUCCAUCAAAAUCCAAGAUAUAUCAGGGACAGAGAGGGUGUCUCCCAUUGGCAAGGUCAAGUACAGUUUGACUAAUAUGCAGAUAGUGAAUGUGGGAUUACCAAAGUCCUCAGUGGAUCUCGUGCCCAGGACCGGAGUCAGAUUGAGUAUUGGUAAUGCCUUCCUUGGACUGCAUGGAAACUGGAGGGUCAAGUACCUUAAAGUAAUAAAGGACAGCGGCUCUUUUGACUUGAAUGUCAAUGGACUCACCAUCACAUCAAGUAUCGCCAUCAAGAGUGACGAAACAGGCCGGCCAGCGGUCAGCAUUAUGAACUGUGGAGCCAUUGUUGGCAGCGCAAGCAUUAAGUUUCACGGGGGAGCCAGCUGGCUGUAUAAUCUCUUCAAAAGCUUCAUAGAUAAGGCUUUGCGAAAUGCUCUGCAAAGACAGAUCUGUCCUCUGGUGGCUGACGCAGUAUCUGAUCUAAACCCUCAUCUGAAAACUCUCAAUAUUUUGGCCAAAGUGGACCAGUACGCCGAGAUUGAAUACUCAAUGGUGUCGUCGCCAUCAGUUUCUAAUUCCUCAAUAAAUCUUAGCUUAAAGGGGGAAUUCUACAACAUCGGAAAGCAUCAGGAGCCUCCGUUCACUCCUGCUGGCUUUUCCCUGCCGCCCCAAGCAAACGACAUGUUGUACAUGGGAAUAUCUGCCUUUACAGCCAACUCUGCAGCCUUUGUUUACAACAAAGCCGGAGUUCUGAGCUUGUACAUCACAGAUGAUAUGAUUCCCCAAGGCUCUCCUUUCCGACUCAACACUAGAACAUUUGGAGUCUUCAUUCCACAGAUUGCCAAACAAUAUCCAGGUCUGAUGAUGAAACUGCUGGUAAAGACGGUGAAAAACCCCAUCAUAACUUUUGAACCCAAUAACAUGACCAUUCAGGCCACAGCCACAGUGACAGCCUACGCAGUCCAACCAAACACCACACUUUCCCCUCUUUUUGUCCUCAACUUGGAAAGCAGUGUCAGCACCCACGUGUUUGUCAGUGGAAUGAAGAUUGCUGGUUCUGUUAUGCUCAAUGAAAUGAAUCUGACUUUGGGCACAAGUUAUGUAGGACAGUUCCAGGUGAAAGAUGCUUUCUGUGACGAGUCACUUCAAGCCCUGCUGGCAUCCAUUCAGACUAACUAUAAUCCUUAUCUACAGGUUGGUUCCCUUGACAGGAUAUUCCAAGUGGUCCUGAAAAUGGUAGUGUUACCCAAAUUAAAUGCUCAACUAGCCAAAGGAUACCCGCUUCCCACAGUUGGAAAGAUGAGGCUUGUGAACACCCAGAUUCAAGUCCUGAAGGACUACAUGCAGAUCGGGACGGACAUUCAGUUCACAGGA